CAACCUUGUGACGCGCUAACAUUGCGGCACGAAUCCAAUCUUCAAACUGAAUUCGAGAACAUUGGAAAAUUUUCUCUUAGAAAAAUAUUGGUAGCCCUAACCUUGAAAUUGAGUUGGAGGAGCGAGCAAUGGAAGGAGAAACCUUAAAUUGAAUUGGGUAUAGUGCGAAUUGAGCUGUGAAUUGUGACCAUGGCGUCAAUCUGGUCACUCCACUUUCGCGCGCUUUCUGUUGGCUCUAAGCAUUGCCCUUCGAUUAGCACUGCAACUAGUACCUAUAGACAUCGCAUUCGUAUCAGAAAUGGGAUCUCAAAAUGGUGCUCUGUUGUAGCCACCCGCACCCAACAACUCAAACAAGACGCCUUUGCCAAAUUUCAUCAUCAAGUUGCUGGUUCCAUGCCCAUGCUUUUGAAUCGAAACGGUGGAGUCAAUUUUCCGGUUUGGGUGUGUGUUGCGGUUGUUGUUUUGGUUGCAGCGGUGAGGGUUCUGUCCAGAAAAAAAAAGGGUCGCCCUGGUUCCGUUGCUGAUCUCGUUAGACGUGGCCAACUGAAAUCGGAUAGAAGAGGCAUAUCAAGGCCUCUCAAGUAUGAAGAUCCAUUCAAUAAUCCCUUGGUCAAGGUUGGCAAAGGCAACUCAACUGUUGAGAUGUGUGGAAAAGUUUAUCGCUUAGCCCCCGUCACUCUUACUCAAGAGCAACAGGCCAUUCACCAGAAAAGGAGAUCGCGUGCAUACCAGUGGAAGCGGCCAACCAUGUUUCUUAAAGAAGGGGACUUAGUUCCUCAGGAUGUUGAUCCAGAUACAAUCCGUUGGAUUCCUGCAAAUCAUCCCUUUGCAACUACUGCUACUGAUCUUGAUGAGGACUUGGCACAAAACAAUGUGUAUCAAAAGCAUGGAGUUCCUUUCCGUAUUCAAGCUGAGCAUGAAGCCCUGCAGAAAAAGCUUGAGGCCCUACAAAAUGAGCAAAAACCCAAUAAACUAGUGAUAGAUCCUAACAAUGCUAAAGAUUUUGAGAGACCAUUCAACUCCCAUGCCAGGUUAAAUGAUCAUGCUGAGAAGAGCUCUGUAAACAAUCAAGUGAGUGAUUCUCCCUCCCCUAAAUUAGAUAGUGGCCCAAAUCACUUUGAGAGGGCAUCAUCAUCUGAAGAAGAUCCGAGUCUUUAGGUUUGCACACAGCUUUUGCCUAUAUUGUUCCAAGUUAAAAUUGCUCUGAGGCGGGCUAAAAUGAUAUAUUUGAAUUUGCCCAAAAAUUUUGUACUAUUCCAUUGGGGAGCCCUAAAUAUGUCAAAUUGUAUAGGUGAGGACUGUAGAUAUAAUUUCAUUUCUGCUUAUUGUCAAGGUAUGCUGUUUCCUUGGAUUUUAUCAUUUAUGUAAAGUCUUUUUGUGGGGAGUUAUACACUUCGUCCUGCCCCGAACCCAACUUAUUCACAAGGCAAUCUGACUGCCCAUAAAAAU